AAGGCGCGUGCGCAGUGCUUUAAAGCCGCUAAACAUGGAUUUUUCCUCUGCUCGCCUUGCUAUCUUAAACGUGCUGAAGGGUGUGCGAGCGAAAGAUCUGCCCCGCCUACUUCAUUGGGUGAAAACGACUAAUGACUUUGAUGAAUUCACAUCCAAUAAUGAUGAUGUUGUGCUCAGAAGUAUUGCUGAAGAUCUUCGACAUUCUUUGCCCACUGAAGCAAUCCUCAGCUCAGAGCACCUUGCUCUUCAAAAACUACAUGAACAAACAAAACCCACUGUUCAUAUUGAUGCAUUCCUUUAUGAUGAUGACUGUAUUGACUCAUUAUGUGAAGAAGGGAAGAUGAGCAGAAGCUACUGCGUAACAUGUGGCUCACAUCAGACAGCACCAUUAGAGUUUAUUUCCCAUUCCUUUUCCCUCAUGGAGCUGAAGUUUCUCUAUCAACAUGUUCUGCCUGACCUGACAGGAAAAAUUGUGGUCGAUGUUGGCUCCAGACUUGGUGCAGUUUUAUUUGGGGCCUUUUUUUACAGCUCAGCGUCUCAGAUCUGUGGUGUUGAAAUGAAUUCUGACUUUUGCCGGUUGCAGGAAGCUGUCAUUGGAAAAUACCAAUUGGAUGAAAGAAUAAAGGUGCUUAAUGCAGACAUUUGUACUCAGUCUUCACUUCUUCAGAAUGCAGAUGUUAUUAUAAUGAAUAAUGUCUUUGAAUAUUUCCUUGAGAGAUCAGAACAGGCCAGAACCUGGAAAUUCAUCAGUCAAAACGUAAGAAAGAAAGGCUCCUUAUUAGUGACCGUCCCAAGCCUUGAGAAAUCCUUUUUAGAUCUCCAGAUGGAUAUUCAGCUCAACCACUGGGUAGAAACAGUACCAUUGGACUAUGAUGUAUUCUUGGAAGAAGAUGCUGAUAGAGAAGCACUUGAACAAAUUUACUUAUAUAAGGUUCUCUAGUAUAAGUAGGGAUGCUGCAGCCCUUUGGAUCAGAGAAAAGACUGUGGAAAACCACAGACAUGCUCUUGGUUAUGUAAAUGAAAAGGAGUUUAAGGUGCAAUCUUAUGCAUGUUUAGACAGAAGCCCUACAACUCCCAGCAUGCCCCAGGCAGCCAUGUUGGCUAAGGCAUGCUGGGAGUUGUAGGCCUUUUUUCCUGUCUAAACAUGUAUAGGAUUGAGCCUUAAAUAGAAUUUGUUUUGUGCAUUUCUUGUGGUGCUGGGGCCUUCAUGAGGAGGGGGUAAAUGGUGAAAAUUGCCUGCCCUCCCUUCCCCUUAGCCAGAGGGUCCCAAGUGGAACUCUGCUCAGGGAGUAUUGUUAUUCAUGGGAGCAAAGUCUGAAACCAAUCCAUCAUUUUGUACUUAUAUGGGUUGUCCCAGUUCGCACGUUCAGUUUCCAAAUAUGCAAUUACUAGUAAUCUAUCUUAUGAUGGGAGUUUUAUGCAUCAUUGGUUUGGGUUAUGGUCUGUACUACUGUUUUGGUUGUUUUAUUAUGUAUUGGUAUUUUAAUGGAAAUUGGUUUUAGCUAUUUUACAUUUUGUACCUU